CUCGUAAUCGUCUCAACAAACCCACGUUGGGCGAGGAACAAGACGACGAAAAUAUUGCAAAAAUUAUCACAAAAUGCCUCGUGCAAAGCGCAGAAAGAUUAUUUCUCUAACCCAAACCAAGAAGAAGGGUUUGGAAAUGAAGCAGAACUUAGUUGAAGAAAUCAGAAAUUCUCUGGACAACUAUGACCACAUCUACAUCUUCUCAGCGCAUCACAUCAGAACGAACAAACUAAAAGAUAUGCGUUUAGAAUGGGGACAGAGCAGGUUUUUCCUCGGUAAAAAUAAGGUAAUGGCAUUAGCCUUAGGUAGAACGCCUGAGGAAGAACUCCACGAGAACCUCUAUAAGCUUUCACAGAAGCUCGUGGGCCAGUGCGGACUUCUCUUCACCAACGCAGAAAAACAGGAAGUGCUUGAGUAUUUUGAGACGAGGAAGUAUCCCGUGUCCCCUAACUCAGGAGACAUUGCCACAGAGACCAUUGAGCUGAAGGCAGGACUCCUCGAACAGUUCCCUCACUGCAUGGAACCUCACCUGCGAAAGCUGGGGCUGCCAACGCGCUUGCAGAGGGGCAUCCCAGAACUCCUACAGGACUUCACCGUUUGCAACGAAGGCAAGCCCCUCACUGCAAACCAGGCUAAUAUUCUUAGACUUUUAGGAAAAGAUAUGUCUCUGUUCUACCUUCAAAUGGAAUACCACUGGAGCAAAGAGGACGGCUGCUUCGAAAAACUUCUGCCGUCGGUAACAACUCCUAAUAAGGCCGGAAC